UCAAAAAAUCUCCUUAGGGACACAAUCCGGGAAACUUGUGUCAGCGUGUUUGCAGUAUUUUGCAGGUUUACAGUUAUUUUAAAAUAUUAUUAUUUAAUACGUUCACCAUUCAUACUGGCAUGAUAUUGCUGCAUAAGUAAAAUUGCACUGUUUAAUUUUAGUUCCGUGUUUAACUGCUGAUCUCAUUGUCAGGCAGCGAUCUGCUGUCAAUGAAAUACAGUGAUGACGAAUUCUGACUUGGAAUCCAAAUCAAUGUAAUGAAUGAUUCCUGCAUUGUAGCAGCCCGCAACAUGCUUUGAAGGGUUCCUUGAACUUACUGUCAAAUUUAAUCCUUUCUUUGGACUGCCUGCUAUGACGCCUUGCGAAGACUGCAAAUUCUCACGACGGUGGGGUUUUUGGCGAAGUAGCUGUUGGUUGGCCGAGAUUACAGGAGGAUAAUUUAACCAGUGGAAACUGCUGUUAUUAGUGAACAGUGUUUGUGAUUGUUAUCGUCUUUCUGACGCUCUUUCCAUGGAAUUAACGAGAACGGAAUUUUCUCGAUGGCCAUGUAGAAUCUGCGAACGUCAGUCUACAGGUGUGCACUACGGCGUCGUUAGCUGUGAAGGAUGCAAGGCAUUUUACAAGCGGAGUGUGGAGAAGUCGGUGAACUACAAGUGCGAUUUCGGAGACAAAUGCGAUGUUGCUCAUAACAGUCGUGAACGAUGCAAGGCCUGCCGAUUCCGCAAAUGCCAGUCUGUUGGGAUGAGUUUUCACGCGGUGAAAAUGGGGCGAAUAUCGAAAGCGGAGCGAGACAAAUUCCACGUUGAGCUGGCCAAAUCCGCUAAACACAGUAUUCCUGCAUGCGUCAUGGACGAACAGGAAGAGCAUCCGUCCGGACAUCAAACGAACCCGAAUACAGCGCGGCAAUUUAUCCCUUCUCUGGCGGUUGCUGAAACUCCCCUUGGCCGUGGUAAAUUUGGUGUCAUUCGAUCCCUGUCUGAUGUUCGAGAACAAAUCACGGAGCCAGAAAAGUCAUCCGAAAUCAAACCUGACGAUCAAUCAGACCUGUGCCAUCGGACGAUUCAAGCAGUCAGACCCUACAAGACAUUUUCUAGUUUGGUCCCGGAUGAUAGAAGCACCAUUGCUGACGUCAUGGACAUUAUGAAUAAAAAGAACCUUUCAGCGCCGUUUCGUCCAGUUCGGUAUGGUCCGGUGCAUAAACUGCCAACAUUUGUCGCGGAGUAUUGGGAUUUAAUGAAGGAGCGCAGUAUGUUUCUUCAGAAAACCGCGGGCGCUGUUUUGCAUGCUGUAGAAGUUGUGUAUGGAGACGAAAUUAAGCUGUGGACCGAGUUUAUGACUGAAGCUUUAAGCUGUGGCCGAAUUCCGGUUCAGCCGCAAACCACGAAGCAGCGGAUGCUGGAAAUAAUCCAACAAACUUUGAAAGAUAGCAUAGUGAAAACGGGAAAUUUUAUAUCGAUGCUGCCAGGAUUCAGUGAACUCGACGUAACCGAUCAGAAAAUUAUAAUUAUCGAAAAGUAUCUCAUUAUCUGGCUGGUGCAUCAUGCCCGCUAUAUCCGAAACGGAGAAAUGUAUUACGUUGUGGGCCCGGAAAAGAUCCAUUACUGUCGGUAUUGGCUGGAUCGUCUCUUUGCUGAACCGGAAUAUUUUCGUACAGUGUUUUCCUUUGCUGCUGCGGUGAACGAUAUUGGUCUGACUUUGACUGAAACUUAUCUACUUGGUGCCAUCGCUGUUUUCCGUCCAGACACCACGAAUGCUCGCAACAAAGAGGCUAUGGCCUUUAGCCAUGCUUUUUAUGUGGAUGUAGUGUUUUAUUUGGUGGGGAAGCGUUUGUCCGGUGGAGAGCGAACCACUGCUUUCAGCAAAUUGGAAAGGCUCAUUGACACAUUCCCGGUUAUCCAUAAACUGGCAGUGAACUAUGUCAAUGCAUGGGAGCUGACCAAUUAUCCUAUCAAAACCUCAACCGGUAUAUCCUUCCGUGUGCUGCUAAACAGAGAAUAAUUUCUAUUUUGCCCGUCCGGUCAUUCUGAUUUCUUGCUCAAAAGUGGGAGCUAUCCUCAUCAAGGGAACUUUCUAAUUAUACUGAAAGCGAACUUGAUAAGGAUGUAUUUUAUUUGGAGACCUAUUAUGAUCUGGGAUGGAUCUGUGACUGUGACCUGCGCUCCUGAUUCUAAGAUGAGCUGAUAUGAGAUGAAUCUGAUAAAUUUAUGUAGUCAACACUCAGUACGUUAUUAUUUAUUGUUUGAACUGUUUAAUUUUUUAACGAAUGCACUGCACCUUCUUUAAUAUCUUCUUAUCGUUCGUGUUUCUUGCCAUUGAGUGACUAUUAUGAAAUUAACCGGGAUUGGUUUUCCCAGAUUAUUUUUUUUGUUACGACUUUCUGGCUUCGUGAUUUUUUUGCAUGUUUUGUAGAGCGCACAAAUGGAUGCUUUUUAGCUAUUUGCAGGGUCUGUCCUAAAAUUUCGACUUUUGUUGUUUAAAGUUUAGUUUCAGAUUAGUUAUUACAGGUAUAAAUGCAUACUGCAUAGAUUUAUUGAAUUUUUGCAGAUAGCAUUGGUAUUAAAAUGGCUGUAAAAUUGG